AUGUCGAUAUCAUGGGUGAAUGCUUGGUGUCUAUGGCAGUUCAUCGGACCAUCUGUGGCAAGGGUCCGCUUGGAUGGUGUAGACGGUUGCGAUGACCCUCUGGUAUUUGUCCUGGCUCGGGAUGGGAAGACCAACAAGUACUCGAUACCCAGUUGCACGCCUCGGGUUACGCUGCUUGACAAACUUGUGGCGAAUCUUAACUGCCGGAUGCCGCCAUGCACGACUCUGGGAGGCUUCUUGGUGACUGUAAGGGAGAAGUACCGAGCGAUGUAUGGCAAGAGAUGA